AUGUCAAUUUGGAAACCAGAAGACCACGUACCGCAAGAGAUCAAAGAUCUUUUAGCUGAAGAACAACCUAAUUAUGUUAUGGCAUUUUUAAAUGUUGUUCAGUUAUUGAAAAUUCAAAAGAGAACUGGUUGGUUAGAUUUUGGUAUCAACGAAUGUGAAAGUAUUUCUGAUCACAUGUAUAGAAUGGGUAUCACAUCUAUGAUGAUUAAAGAUCCAAAAGUCAACAAAGAUGCCUGUGUCCGUAUUGCAUUAGUUCAUGAUUUGGCAGAAUCUUUGGUAGGUGAUAUCACUCCUAAUGAUCCAGUAGGCAAAGAUGAAAAGCAUCGUCGUGAAUUGGAUACAAUUAAUUAUCUAUGUGAUACUUUUAUCGCUAAAUAUAAUGAAGAAGCAGCAAGACAAGUUUUAGACGAUUGGUUAGCUUAUGAAAACGUUUCUACAUUAGAGGCCCGUUAUGUCAAAGAUAUUGAUAAAUUUGAAAUGUUAGUUCAAUGCUUUGAAUAUGAAAAAAAAUAUAAUGCUGCAAAGAAUUUAGAUCAAUUCUGGAGUGCAAUGUCUAGUAUUAAAACUGACGAAGUCAAAUCAUGGGCCGAUGACCUAUUCAAAAGACGUACUGCUUUCUUCAAAGAACAUGCCAAAUAA